CUGAUAGUGUUAUACUUUAUCGUGUCUGUGCCUUAAAUUUAAAAUACAUGUAAAAUCUAUGUAUUAGGCGAUAUAUCCUACGUUCAUUAUAGACAAUCUAUAUCUACGAGGAUUAAGCACAUCAUUCUUAAAAUCUAUGUAUUAGGCGAUAGAUGUCUUGUUCGUUAUAGACAAUCUAUAUAUACGAGGAUUAAGCACCUCAUUCUGUAGAUGGUGAUUAAUGGUUGAUUGGUUAUUGUGGCAGUUGGCACCAUGCGUUAUAGUAUAUAUCUGGUUUCAUUCAUUCUGAUGUGUUCUACUUCUCUGCUGUCUGUCACACUCAUUGGGAGAUACUACCACAAAAGGAGUGCUGGGUUUGACAGUUAUGCAGCUUUUCUCUGUAACAGACUGAGACUCAAGUUCCUCACCGUCACUUCAGCCAAGGCUAUCAACCCCAGGACUCUAAUAAUGGACAUUAGACAGUUGAUGGACUGCUCUCACAGACCCAACAUCACCCAGAGAGAACUCUACAGGGUGAUCCUUCGUUCCUGUUGUAACGCUACAGGUGAGAUGAUCCUGACCAAUCAGAACACUAAGUUGGGCCAGAAGAUUCACUAUGAGACCAACCAAAAGCUGUUUAAAACAGUCGACAAGAAACUACACAGCAUGUUGCCAAAUGCCUUACCCUGGAGUAAAGGUUUGUUGGGUCGUUGUGCCGUGGUGGGAAGUGGAGGAAUCCUGCAGAACAGCAGCUGUGGAGCGGAGAUAGACAGUGCUGACUACAUCAUCAGGUUUAACCUGGGUCCGGUCAGCAACAGUGAGGAUGUGGGGAACAAAACCCACCUGAUGACCAUCAACCCCAGUCAGAUCAGAACAGGUUACCGUAACUUGACGAAGGACCCUCAACCGUUGGCCAAUCGUGUCGCAGCGUAUGGGAACGCCUCCCUGCUCCUGUCGCCAUUCAGCUACCAAUUCUGUACUGGGCUCUCAUUGGAUGUUUACCACGUCCUUCGACCGCUGAGGCCCAAUCAGAAGGUGGUAUUCUUCAACCCCAAUUUCUUGCUUCAGCUGAGCAGGAAGUGGAAAGGGCGGGGCUUAAAAGAGCCACGCCUCACCUCUGGGCUGAUGCUGGCUAGUGUGGCCAUGGAACUCUGCGAAGAGGUUCAUCUUUACGGCUUCUGGCCCUUCCCUUUGGAUCUAUACCACAAUCCUUUGCCCCAUCAUUACUAUGACAACGUGGGCCCUAAGAAAGGCGUCCACUCCAUGCCUGAUGAGUUCCUACUGAUGCUGCAGCUACACACACAGGGAGUGCUGCAACUACACCUGGGCGGCUGCUGAACACACACACAAACACACUCCUUCUUUAUUGUUGAGAGUUUUAUGUUGAUUUUUUAUUCAUUAUUAUUGUCAUAAUAUCAGAAUGUCUCUCCCUCUCUCUUGUUCCCUCUGUCUGGCUUUGUCUGUCUACUGAUGGUAUAUGGAAUGUAUAUAUUGUAUUUUGGCCAUAAGCCAAAACACACAUUUAUCUGUUGCAGGGAUUUACCACCCAUCCGCUGUCCAGGCGGAUGCUUUUGGUACUAUUUGAAAGUAUUUAAAACCUUUUCUGUCAUCUGAAUUAGUAGUUUUAGGGGAUUUUGACUCAAUUUGGCUUACCCCGGCCUCAGACCAUUUUAAGAAAAUUUGUCUUGACUUUAACCUGACUCAACUGACUGCAAAACCCACACAGAAUAAUUUACUAAAUCCAGCAGAUGUCUCACUGAUUGACCUAAAAAUAGCCCCCACAAGGUCCAGUGGUGUCUUUGCUAAUGAUCUCAGUGAUCACUGUCCUAUUGCAUGUUUUAGAGAUACCAAACAGAUUAACACUGAUCCUUGUAUAAUUAUGAAUAAACUUUUUUAUUUACAA